ACUGUCGAAGAAGCUCUUCAGGACGUUUUAAAGCGUGCUCUUGUUUUUGACGGUCUUGCCCGAGGAUUGAGAGAAUGCGCCAAGGCUCUUGACAGGCGUCAAGCUUUCUUAUGUGUCCUAGUUGAAACUUGUACAGAAAAAGAAUAUAUUAAAUUAGUCGAAGCAUUAUGUAGUGAACAUAAUAUCCAAUUAAUAAAAGUAAGUGAUGCAAAAAAAUUAGGAGAAUGGGCUGGAUUAUGUAAAAUCGAUAGAGAAGGUAACCCUCGUAAAGUAGUAGCUUGUUCUUGCGUAGUUGUCAAAGAUUAUGGUGAAGAUUCUGAAGCUAGGAACGUACUUUUAGAUUAUUUUAAAACACGUUAA